AUGUCGGGGAUUUUGUUUGAGGACAUGUUCAAUGUCGAGUCUAUCGACAAUGCGAGAUACAACAAAGUUAGCCGUAUAGAGGCUCAGUCCUCCACUUCGCAGGACAUCAAAAUCACAUUGGACAUAAAUAGAGAGUUGUUUCCAGUCAAGGACAAUGACUCUCUUACGAUCGCUUUGGCUUCCUCUUUGGGUAACGAGUCCUCUAUGUUGACCUCCAACGGUUCAUGGAGACCUCCUAAGAGAGGCGACAGAUCUUUGGCUGACGACUACGACUACGUGAUGUACGGCACUGUCUACAAAUUCGAAGAAAGCUCGGACAAUGACAAGAUGGCAGUUUACAUCUCUUUUGGUGGUUUGUUGAUGCGCUUGGAGGGUGGCUAUCGGUCCUUGUCCAGCUUGAAGCAAGAGAACGCUUACAUUUUGAUUCGCCACUACAAAGACAACUAG